GGCAAGUCUCAUGUCAGUCUGCGUGGUGUACAGGCCUUCAAUCUAGCCAAGUCAAAACGGCGUCAGCCCAUCGCCCGAGACUGGUCACCAGCUCGGAAGAGGGCCAUCGCAACUGUAGCUUGCAUCAGUACAGCACUUAUCGGUAUGAUCAUCGGCAUCUACGCCGGACUAGUACCCUCACUGCAGUACUAUAUCCUAGAUACAAGCCACUCGAUCAUCAACGGCAAUGUGGGUUGCUUCCUCGGGAUGGCGAUUCCCACUUUCUUUUGCUGGCCACUUCCUCUAGUUCACGGGCGUAAGCCAUACAUCACGACUGGUUUGAUUCUAUCCAUGCCACUUCUUUUCCCCCAAGCUCUGGCUGUCAGCGCUCAGAGAUUUUACAACCUUACUGGUUAGAGAAUGGUGUUGUUGGUACCGCGAGGCUUCAUGGGUAUCUGCCUUGGUUUCGCAAGCAUGAAUUUCCACUCGAUACUUACCGACCUUUUCGGCGCAUCUCUCAUGAGCAGCAAUCCUCACCAAGAGGUUGUGGAUGACGCUGAUGUAAGGA